UCAUCUUCAUCUGUUUGUGAAUUCUUUUAUUGUUUGUUGUGCAAGUAACAAAGAUCAAGAUGAAUUCAAGAUUCUCUCUUCUUCUGUUCUUGUUCUUGGUCAUAGUUUCUCAAUCAAAAUCUUCCAUCUUCAAAACCUUCCCCAGUAAUCUCUCUCCCAAAUCUCCUCUUUCCUCAGUCGUCCUCCCUCUCUCCGGCAACGUCUUCCCUCUCGGAUACUACUCGGUCUUACUUCAAAUAGGAACCCCUCCAAAGGCAUUUGAAUUUGAUAUUGAUACUGGUAGUGAUCUCACUUGGGUUCAAUGCGAUGCUCCUUGCAGUGGUUGUACUUUGCCUCCUAUACAUCAGUACAAGCCUAAAGGAAACACUGUCCCGUGCUCAGACCCGCUUUGUUUAGCACUUCACUUUCCUAACAAGCCUCAAUGUCCAAACCCUAAAGAACAAUGUGACUAUGAAGUUAAUUAUGCUGAUCAAGGUUCAUCAAUGGGUGCACUUGUUAUUGAUCAGUUUCCUUUAAAACUUCUAAAUGGCUCGGCCAUGCAACCUCGUUUAGCAUUCGGGUGUGGUUAUGAUCAGAUUUUACCUAAAGCACAUCCUCCGCCCGCGACUGCUGGAGUUUUGGGGCUUGGGAGAGGGAAAAUUGGUCUCUUGACACAGAUUGUAGCCGCGGGACUAACGAGAAAUGUGGUUGGACAUUGCCUAAGUUCUAAAGGUGGAGGCUAUUUGUUCUUUGGAGACACUCUCAUUCCUACCCUUGGUGUGGCCUGGACACCAUUACUAUCACCAGACAACCAUUACACGACUGGACCAGUCGAUCUUCUUUUCAACCGAAAGCCAACAGGUUUAAAUGGACUUAAACUCAUCUUUGACACCGGAAGCUCAUACACUUACUUCAACAGCAAGACAUACCAAACAAUAGUUAACCUGAUCGGAAAUGAUCUGAAAGGCUCACCGUUGAAGGUUGCGAAAGAAGAUAAUACCUUACCAAUCUGCUGGAAAGGAGCUAAGCCCUUCAAAUCUGUUCUUGAGUUCAAGAACUUCUUCAAGACCAUAACAAUUAACUUUACCAAUGCCAGAAGAAACACUCAGCUCCAGAUUCCACCAGAAGCUUAUCUCAUCAUCUCUAAAACUGGUAAUGCCUGUUUGGGACUACUAAAUGGAAGUGAAGUAGGAUUACAAAACUCCAACGUAAUCGGAGAUAUCUCUAUGCAAGGGCUAAUGAUAAUCUACGACAACGACAAACAACAACUCGGAUGGGUUUCUAAAGAUUGCAAUAAGCUUCCCAAAACAUGACACCUUCACAAUUAUAAUAACUCUUUAGAGUUUAGAAUUUACAUAUAAACAUUUUAAGUACCAUAAUAAAACAAUUUUUACAGU